AGAGAAAUGAUAACACGCCCACCUGCAGACCCAACACACGAUGUCCUCCAUCACAGCCCCAAACUGGAAACGACACAAAUGCCCAUCGGCUGAAGAUUGCACAAAUGGAAUACUGCUCGCGACAAAUGGGCACAGAAUAUUGCCCACAUUAUGGAUGCGAAUAUUGACCUUAAAAGCUGAUGAGGGCACGAGUUCUUCAAAACCUCAAAGUGAAAAUGUGACCUUCCGGAGACUGGAAUCGAGGUCAGUCACGUGGCCCCACAACGUGCCAGGGAGGCUGGGGAAAGUAGAGAGAAGCACUUGGAUAUUUGGGGAGCCUCCCUGCCAACCCUGGCUGCUUGCUGAACCCCUAAAGCCCAGCCCAGCGUCUGGUCCAUAGGGGAUGUUCAGUGAAGGUUUGUUCAAUGAAUGAAUGAAUACCAGGAAGGUGAGGAGGCAGGGCCGAUGCAGCGCCGGCUGAGGACCGCGAUGGCAGAGGAGGGUUCCGGCUGCCCGGUGCCCCGCCUGCCCUGGGCGUCCGUGCAGAGGGUUGCUCUGCCGCUGUUCAUCCUGGCGGGCGUUGCGACGGCUGUAAUAUACUGCUUCCUGUGCGUCCAGCGCCUCGCGCAGCAGCGGCAGCUCGAGUCACCUGGGUGGGACAUGGCUGAGCUCCAGCUGAACCACACAGGACCGCGGCAGGACUGCAGGCUGCGCUGGCUGGGAGGCCCGGCCCUGGGCCGCUCCUUCCUGCACGGACCGGAGCUGGACAACGGGCAGCUGCGUGUCCAGCGCAGUGGCAUCUAUAGGCUGCACAUCCAAGUGACACUGGCCAACUGCUCGUCCUCCCUGUGGACCCCCACGGCCCCCAGGGCCACCCUGAUGGUGGGCAUCUGCUCCCCAGCCGCCCACAGCAUCAGCCUGCUACGUCUCAACUUUCACGAAGGCUGUGUGGUCACCUCCCAGCGCCUGACACCAUUGGCCCAAGGGGACACUCUCUGCACCAACCUCACCCUGCCUCUGCUGCCGUCCCCAAAUGCUGAUGAGACCUUUUUUGGGGUUCAGUGGGUGCACCCCUAAUUAUUGCACCUCCUGGCCCAGAUCUGUUGGGAGGGUGUGUUUUCUCUCUUUUUUUUUCCCUUUCUCUAAUAAAAAUGUUUUUUUCUUUA